GGCUCCCUCGAACUUCGCACGACCCCCGGGUUCAUUGGUUGGCGUUUUUGUUGUUGGUGCUGCCACCGAUGCUGGUGUAAACAAGUAUCGUUAAAUGUCAGUUACGUCGAAGGUUUUUGCAAGUUUGGAUGUUUUAUUAUCAAUUAUACAAACAACACAUACAGGAAGGGUUGCAUUACCGGCGCGCUAAAAUUUUGAAGCUCAAUCGGUUUAUCGGUCGUGUUGGUUGUGUUGCACAAUACAAUAAAUAAAUUCACUUAAUUAGCCAUUCCGACGGCUGCGGAUCGCGUUGCGGUAUUGUUGCGCGAAAAAAAUGUCGCACCUAGUGUCAUCGUGUCCGCUAUUGUGAAAGCUGCUUGUAAGAGGGCGCAUUGCUGCACUGAUUUUUUGACGCGCGAGUGCCGUCGCUCAUUGGGAGAAAAGUUCAACUUGGGCGAAGCCCUUUUGGUGUGAUAACGACAUCAGUGUGUCAACGAAGAGUGUCGAAUGAUUCCAAGUGGAGGGCGAAAGUAAUUUGAAUUGAAAAAUGAAAAGCAUCAUCAUCGGAAGAAGUGAAUAAGUGCAUUUCAGUGACGUGAACCGUCAGAGCUGACGAAAUAGUUUGUUUGUAUAUCACACGCCCUACCGAAUUGGAGGAUUCAGAAGCAGUAGCAGAACGGAAGCGCGAAGGAAGACAACAACCGAAGAAAUAAUUGAACCAUCGAAAUCCACCGCGACGCGUGGUCCUCGGCUGUUUUGUGUGAAUCGGUCGAAUCCACGCCGGAAAAAUGAUGGAUCGGAUACCGUCACUGUCGAUACCGGGCUUAUCGCUAUCACAUCCCCUGUCGAUACCGACGUCGCAGAAUCUCACGAAUCAAUCAUCGCACGCCGCGCUCAAUUCGCUUAAUCUUCACUCGCAGAAUUUGCAUGCGGCCUCGGCGGCCGCGGCAGCAUCUGUCAAUGCUCUGCACGGUUCCCAAGGCGUUGGCGGUGGUGGAUCGGCCACGGCUCAGGCGGCGGUCGCCGCUGCAGCUAAUCUGCACCAGAACGUCGGUGGGCUGCUCAACGGAAGCAGCAACGGCAAUGGUUCUCCAUAUUACUACAGCCUGCUCGGGCAAACGAUGAUGAAAAAACCCGCCGAAGAACACAUCAAGCGACCAAUGAACGCCUUCAUGGUGUGGUCCCGGCUGCAGCGACGGAAGAUCGCCCAGGACAACCCCAAAAUGCACAACUCGGAGAUCUCCAAACGGCUCGGUGCCGAAUGGAAGCUGUUGACUGAAGACGAGAAGCGGCCAUUCAUCGACGAGGCAAAACGGUUACGGGCGAUGCACAUGAAGGAACAUCCCGACUACAAGUAUCGGCCGCGGAGAAAACCAAAGCCCAUCCGGCGCGACGGCUAUCCCUACCCGAUGACGUACCCCUCCGUGCCGGUCGACGCGCUGCGGGCAGGUGAGUGGAUGUCCAAUUGCAUCACACCCAGCUACUUUGCACCAGGCGCUCCCUACCACUUAGGAAGUCAUUUGUCACAAGCUAGUCCUCCCACGUCACAGUCCUCAAUUGGCAGCCAGAUGGACGUCUCCAAGUUCGCGCUGGAUAGGAGCGCCUACCUGAAUACGGCCGCUGCCGGAGCCCUGUACGACACAACGAAGUCCCAAACCAACCCGUACAGCGCCUAUCUGGAUCCGACAACCGUGCUGACCAAGGCGUACUUCGAUUCGAAAAUGUACCAGGAUCGGGCCACGGCAGCCGCCAACUACGCAUUCGACAUUUCCAAAAUCUACGGCUCCACGCAACAGCAGCAGCAACAGCAGUCCCACUCUCAAGCCCAGCAGCAGUCCCACCAACAGCAGCAUCAACUGCAUCAUCAACAUCAGCUGAAUGGCGAUGACCGGGAAUCGACCCCGCAGCUGAAUGAUGUCAACGUGGACAUCAAGCCACAACUGGGCGAACAGGUGGACAGUUCGCCGUUGCAUAGCAACAGCUACGGGGUAAACAGUGCGAAUCUUUUGGGUGGCGGAGGAGGAGCUUCCGGAUUGUAUCAGUAUGCUGGUGCUGGGCCUACCAGUGGCGGGGGGGUUGGUAGCUCAGGUGCUGGUGGGGGAGGAACAGGGGACUAUCGGCGACCCCUCACGGUUAUAUUUUGACCCAACUCGGAAGUGAUGGAUGAAAGAGAUUAUUAAAACGUAGCAUUGUGAAAUUGUAAAGCGCUAAACGAUUUAGAUCAACGAGGUAUUUAAGCAUACAUUGUCGUUUAUAGAAGUAUUAUGUUAUCAUUUUUCGAGCAACCCAUCUCAGGGUGAGCUUUCUCUCUUUGAAUCCUAUUACAUUGCAUUGGAAACGAGUCGACGCUUUCCAUGCCAUCGCAUUGGAAAAGUUUUUAACUCACUGGUAGAUAACAUAGCGAGCAUAGCAGCAUACGACCCACAAUUCACCCCACACAAACAUCACUUCAUUGAGCGAGGACACGAACGUUUUAAAUUAUUCUCCACUUUUAGACCAGUUAUGGUUCCAAGCUUCAACCCUAGGAUAAGAACUUGUAUACAACAAGCCACAGUGAUGUAGGUAAGCGCUCUGAGGAUAGAAAAUGAUUUACUCUGGCUGUACAGCUGAAAUACGAAAUAAAUUAUUACAACCUUAUUAUAUGAUGAAGAAAUGUAGAAAUUAAGGGAACUUUCAGCGAUUAAAAUCCUAGCAAAUGUAUUUUAUUUUAAGUUAGAAUCCUUCAGCAAGGAUAUGCAUCGUUUGAAAUGGUUUUAACGAUACAUAAUGUAAGUAAUCAAAACACAAAAAAUAUAGAAGAUGAGGCAAAUUUCUCGAGUUCUUGAAAUGAUUUCAAGGAAGAUAUGACAUAUAAUAUUUAAUUGUAACAUAAUAUUGGAAAAUUGUUGAAUUAUUUCAAAACGCACUUUCAUCGUUUUCCCGUGGGAAAAAUCAUGCAAAUUAACUGUAUUAUCAUCAUUAAGGGUAACUGAAACGAAUAUUGAUUGCAACUGAAAUAAAACUGUAAGAAUACUCACAA